UGACGGCAGCAGCGGAUAGGUGGGAGCGGAGCAGCCAGGCGGAUGGAUCUGCAGUGCAGUCUGGGAACUGUCAAUCGUUUAGCUUUGUGCCUGUAGCGAUGGCAGCUACACCUUCACCUCACUUCACCGACGCCCGGCGGGACAACGCGGAGGCGGGCAGGAACAUGUAGGAUAGGCGCUUCCUUGCUGGUAGAACAGUCUCGGCAGAGGAGCGGGGCUGAAUGAACGGGGUGACACCGGAGCCGGGGCCCAGCUGAGCUUCUAAACAAUCUGCGGCUAAACAGCUAGCUCCCACACAUUUCUGACGUUGGCAGCCGCUUUCUCACAUCGGGUCGGAUACAUGGUUGGAUGACAGUCUCCUGUCCGGAAACGGGGCCGUGUUUACAUGAAUGGCCUGAGUCGUGCAUCGGAGUGAAAACCAGCCAGGAGAAUGAACGCGGAGGAGGUGGAGCUGCUCGGCGACUCCAAGUACAGGAACUAUGUGGCGGCGGUGGACAAGGCCCUCAAGAACUUCGAGUACUCCAGCGAGUGGGCGGACCUCAUCUCCGCGCUGGGCAAGCUCAACAAGGUUUUGCAGAAUAAUGCAAAAUAUCAGGUUGUUCCCAAGAAGCUGACGAUAGGCAAACGGCUGGCCCAGUGCCUCCACCCCGCCCUGCCCAGCGGGGUGCACCGCAAGGCCUUGGAGACCUACGAGAUCAUUUUCAAGAUCAUUGGGCCCAAGAGGCUGGCCAAAGACCUCUUUCUGUAUAGCUCGGGCCUCUUCCCCCUGCUCUCCAACGCUGCUAUGUCUGUGAAGCCCGUGCUGCUGGGGCUCUACGAAACCUACUAUCUGCCCCUGGGAAAGACCCUAAAACCAGGCCUGCAGGGCUUACUGACUGGUGUUCUGCCUGGUCUGGAGGAAGGCUCAGAGUAUUACGACAGAACCAACACGCUGCUGGAGAAAGUGGCGGCGGCGGUGGAGCAGUCGGCCUUCUACAGUGCCUUGUGGGGCAGCAUCCUGACCAGCCCGUCCGUGCGUCUCCCCGGGGUCUCCUUCGUCCUGCUGCACCUCAACCGGAAGCUCUCCAUGGAGGACCAGCUCUACGUCAUGGGCAGUGACAUUGAGCUCAUGGUGGAGGCUGUUAGUACCUCGGUCCAGGACUCCAGCGUUCUGGUCCAGAGAAGCACUCUGGACCUGAUCCUCUUCUGCUUCCCCUUCCAUAUGAGCCAGGCUACUCGCCCAGACAUGAUCCGGAUCCUCUCAGCGGCUUUGCACGUGGUUUUAAGGAGAGACAUGUCCCUGAAUCGCAGACUCUACGCCUGGCUGCUGGGCUUUGACAACAACGGCGGUAUAAUAGGUCCCCGCAGCACUCGACAGAGCAACCCGGAGGAACACGCCUCCCACUACUUCAACAGCUUCUCCAAGGACAUGCUAGUCCAGGCGAUGGUUGGGAUCCUGCAGGGCAAGGCUCGAGGCGGGGAGGAGGAGAGCAUCCUUAUGCACGACCUGAAGCCAUUUCGCAUCCUGAUCAGUCUGCUGGACAAACCAGAACUAGGGCCGGCCAUCCUAGAGGACGUUCUGAUCGAGGUUUUUCGGACUCUUCACACUCAGUGCCGGACAGAGUUGGACCUGGAAAGCCAGAGUCCUUUCAGCAAAGAUCACACGCACCUCAGCAGUAAACUGAGAGAAAACAAGAAGACGGCAGAACUGAUUAAAACAGCCAAUCUCCUGUUCAACUCGUUCGAGCCGUACUACAUGUGGGACUACAUUGCUCGCUGGUUUGAGGAGUGCUGCAGGAGAACACUGAACAGCAGCGGGCGUGUUGCUCGAUACGGUUGGAGUCUGGAGUCCCCUGACCUCUCCCUGGUGGAGUUCUGUCAGCUGGUGGAUUUCCUGCUAGACAUUGUUUCCUUGCCUACUAGAAGCAUGAGGGUAAUCUGCCAGGAGACGUACAUAGAAAUCCAGACCGAGCACCUUCCUCAGCUGCUGCUGCGGAUGGUGGCAGCGCUGACUUGUCACCUCCAGGCUCUGGGCCUCGGGGAGCUCACCCACUGCCUUCGUCUCUGCUCCAAGAUCCUCAGCAAGGUGCAGCCCCCGCUGGUGUCCCCGCUCGCCCUGCCGGCCAGUCCGCCGCCUCAGGGCCUGUCCAACACGGGCGGCUCAUCAAACGCCGCGCAGAGCAAAAGCAGGGAGGCAGAAGAUAAACAGACCACUACUUCUGCUUUCGAGAUGUCCGACGGCGGGGACGUGUUCGACGACGGGGAAACUCCUCCCAGCAGUCGCUCUGCCGAAAGUGGCUUCACCGACUUUGUGCAAUACCGGGAAGAUGGCGCCGAGGACCCAGAUCGAAGCUCCCAUCCCCAUCCACCUCUCAGAGCAGGCGGUCGUCCCUCGGCCUCGUGUCCGUCCAAGCCUUUGGACAAACCCGUCAUGCAGUGUUGCCUGGAGCACUUCCAGCAAUUCCUCUCCUGUCUCAUCACCUUUUAUAUUAUUCCCGAGCACACGGACAGAGCUGAGGGGCAGAGAGGCGAGCUCUUCCAUUCAGGGCCCUUGGUCUCCACAGGCUCCCAGCCCAGUAAUUAUACAGAGCCAUGCUCAGGAGCUGGGAUGGUCCAGAAAGACUGCGUGGCUGCGUUUACUGCUGCCUGUCAGCUCUUCUUGGAAUGCUCCAGUUUCCCGGUCUACAUCGCGGAGGGCAAUCUCAAGUCCUCGCCUGCACACGAACAACAGUGUGAGAGAGAGCCGCCCCGGCUGCCAGUCUGGCUGCAGACCCUGAUGGAUGCCUGCUGUCUGGCCAGCGACUUCAGCCUGCAGUGCGUUGCCAUCUCCCUGCUCAUGGACCUGAUAGGGCUGACUCAGUCGGUUGCCAUGGUGACGGCUGAGAGUCUGGCUUCCGGCAGCAACGCGGAGCCGGCGCAGCCAAUGAGCCCCAGCCAGGGUCGAGUGGCCGUGGUUAUUAGGCCUCCACUCACUCAGGGAAUCCUGAAGUAUAUUGCAGAUAAAACCGGCUUCUUCAAGAGCGUGGCGGUGAUUUUAUGGGACCAGCUCGGCGAAGGAACUCCUCAGCAUCACCAGCGCAGCGUCGAGCUCUUCUAUCAGCUCCACAACCUGGUCCCUUCAUCCAGCACCUGUGAGGACGUGAUCAGCCAGCAGCUCAUGCACAGAGACAAGAGAGUGCGUUUGGAGGCCCAUGUGAAGUUCUCUGUUCUGUGGCAUUUAACGCGAGACCUGAACGUCACCAAGGCGUCUCCAUUUAGCCGCACGUUUGACAGAUCUCUCUUCAUCAUGCUCGACAGCUUGAGCUACUGGGACCCGUGUACCAGCGCAGUUGGUCGGGCUUGGUUAAACCAGGUUCUUCAGAGACAUGACAUUGCACGGGUUCUGGAGCCACUCCUGCUCCUUCUGCUCCAUCCCAAAACCCACAGGGUUUCUAUUCAGAAGGUACAAGCCCAGCGCCACUGGGCCCAGAUGUUCCCUGAACAACCCGAACAGGAGCCCACAGAACCCAUCUACACCCGAGACUCCGGCUUCUCAGACAACUUCCUACAGAUUCGAAGCGAAAGGGUUGGGCACGAGGACUUCAGAGGUCUGGCAAUAGGCGACAUGGAGCCCUUUUGCCUGACGGUUAACCCCCUAAGUGACAGCUUGUCCAUUCUGAGCCUGAGUAGUGAAAACCUGCACUUAGCUGGUGAAUUUCAGCCCACUGACCAGCAGGGGGAGACACGGAGCUCAGAAUCCAGCGGCUCUCCUUCGUCGACGCUGGAAAACGGCAGCUUUGAAGAACAAGAGGGGCUCAGCUGCAUCAGAGAGGGCUCACAUGGGCAGCUUGGCUCAUCUGAUGAAACGCCUGAAGACUCCAUAGAGGAAGCUGUCUCCUGUGUCGUCAAGGACCUCAUUGACAGGGUUCUGAGUUUAGUAGACGAGGAAUCAAACGAAACCUCAUCCCCGCCUGACAACUGGCCCCAGACUGACACCGAAAGCACUUCUUCAGAUACCUCCACCGGUCUCCGCCUGGACUCCUGCCCUCCGCAUUGCUCCGCCCACCAGAAUGUGCCGGAGCUGCUGGCUGAAGGGACGCUGGAGUUCCUCUCUGUGGGUCCGGCAGAUGGGCCGCACAAAGAGGGCAUCGCUCGCCACAGUUCGUCGCCCUCCAUCGUCAUGUUGCCGGACGGCGCUGACCCGCCCCCUCCAGACCGCAGCCUGCGGGUGGAUGACCCCCAGGCCCGCAAACGUAGCCACAGCAGCACCCAGCUCAGCCUUAAAGGCAAGAUAAUGGAGAAGCUGGUGGACAAAUCUCCUGGGGCAAAGCCAAAGGUCAAGAAGACUAAGAGGAAAGAGGAAGAGAAGCAGAAAAAGGCAAACCAAGCGGAGAAGCUGCACCCACCUAGUAUCUUCUUUGGAGACAGCCUAGACCUCGAGAACUGGUACAGCUGCGGGGAAGGGGAGGUGUCAGAAAUCGAGAGCGACAUGGGCUCACCGGGCGGGGUCUCUGGCGGCGCCGGAGCGAACGCCUCAGGGCGCCGGUCGUCCUCCGCUCCGCCUCGUUUUAACAUCCACCCCCUCUACCAGCACGUCCUUCUCUACCUGCAGCUGUACGACUCCUCCAGGACGCUGCACGCCCUGUCAGCCGUCGCGGCCAUGGUGAGGGCCGCUCCUUCGGGCUUCGUCAGCGCCAUCUCCACCACCAGCAUCAACAACACCUACACGCCGCAGCUCUCCUUGCUUCAAAACCUGCUGGCUCGCCACCGGGUCUCCGUCAUGGGCAAAGACUUUUACUGCCCCAUCCCCCAGGACUCUCACUCCCACUCCUUCCGCAGCGCCAUGUACCUGGAGAUCAUCAUCUCUCUCUGCCUCUACUUCCUGAGGAGCUACUACUCCGCCCACGUGACGGUGGGCCCCGAGGACCUGGCAGGAAACCGGGCCAUGCAGCUGACCAGCGUGGAGGUCCUGACGCUGCUGUUCAGCGAGCUGGCCAAGGUCACGGCAGGCUCGGCGAAGGGAUUCGCCAGCUUCAUCAGCGACGUCCUCUCUAAGUGCAAAGUUCAGAAAGUCAUUCUCCACUGCCUGCUCUCCUCCAUAUUCAGCGCCCAGAAAUGGCACGACCAGCGGGUGGCCGGGGUCAACGUGGCCACGGUGGAGGAGGGCCUCUCGGAGGACAGCGUCAUCAACAUCUCAGAGGACCAGAUAGACAGCUGCAGCGCUGUGCAGUCCCAGCUGCUCCGCCUGCUGCAGAGUCUAGUCGUGCUCGAGCACAGAGUCCUGGCGCCGGCGGACGAAGGCGGGGAAGGGGGGCCUGCCGGAGGGGGAGCAAGCGGAGGGCCGGGGAGCGGCGGGGUGGCCGGGUUCGAGAUCCUAGGUGGGGAGGUGGAGCACGUCAACCCUCAGCAGCCCAUGACAUCGCUGCAGUACCUCCACGGUCAGCCCAUCACAGCGCAGGGCAUGUUCCUGUGUGCGGUCAUCAGGGCCCUGCACCAGCACCACGCCUGUAAGAUGCACCCCCAGUGGAUAGGGCUGAUCACAGCCACCCUGCCUUACAUGGGGAGGGUCCUGAGGAGAGUGGUGGCCUCUGUGACGCUGCAGCUGUGCAGAAACCUGGAUAAUCUCCUCCAGCAGUACCGCUAUGAGACCAGCAUAACGGACACCAGACCCCAGUGGAUGGCUCUCUGUAUCCCUCCAGACCUGAUUCUGACGGUGCUGGAGGGGGUCACAUCCAUCAUCCACUACUGUCUGCUGGACCCCACUUCACAGUACCACCAGUUACAAGUGAGUGUUGACCAGAAGCACCUGGCUGAGGCCCGUUCAGGCAUCCUGUCCAUCCUGCACACCAUCAUGUCGUCCGUCACUCUGCUGUGGAGCGUCCUCCACCAAGCGGACAACUCUGACAAGCCAGCUGCCGCUUCCGCCGCCGCCACCUCAAACAUCAACCUGGGCUCCACUAAGAAUCUCCGUCAGCAGAUUCUGGAGCUGCUGGGUCCGAUCUCCAUGAACCACGGCGCCCAUUUCAUGGCAGCGAUUGCUUAUGUUUGGAAUGAGAGAAAACAAGUCAAGACUCCAAUGAGAAAUAAGGGGAUUCCUGUUGCCAGCGAGGAGCAGCUGCUGCUGGUGGAGCUGGUUCGGUCCGUCAGCGCCAUGCGCACUGAGACCGUUAUGCAGACAGUCAAAGAGGUGCUGAAGCAGCCACCUGCCAUUGCCAAAGACAAGAAGCACAUCUCUUUGGAAGUCUGCAUGCUACAGUUUUUUUAUGCCUAUGUACAGAGGAUCCCUGUCUCCAGUUUGGUUGAUAGCUGGCCAUCUCUGCUGGCGCUGCUGAAGGAUUCUGUCCAGCUAGGUCUGCCUGCUCCUGGACAGUUUCUCAUACUGGGAGUUCUGAAUGAGUUUAUCUUGAAGAACCCCAAUCUGGAGAGUAAGAAAGACCAGCGAGAGCUGCAGGAUGUGACUCAUAAGGUGGUGGAGGCCAUCGGCACGAUCGCGGGCUCCUCUCUGGAACCAACAACGUGGCUAAGGAGAAACCUGGAGGUGAAGCCGUCUCCUCAGAUAGUUGUGGAUGGAACCAACCUGGAAGCAGACGUAGAAGACUUAAUGCUCACAGUGAUGGAGGCCUCCACCUUCACUCCGUCUGUAUACAGUGUGCACGCCCUCACACUGCUGGCCGAGGUGCUGGCUCAUCUAUUGGACAUGGUGUUCUACAGUGACGAGAAGGAGAAAGUCAUCCCGCUGCUGGUUAAUAUCAUGCACUACGUAGUUCCCUACCUCCGCAACCACAGCGCUCACAACGCCCCCAGCUACAGAGCUUGUAUCCAACUGUUGAGCAGCUUAAGUGGUUACCAGUACACCCGCCGUGCCUGGAAGAAGGAGGCCUUCGACCUCUUCAUGGACCACACCUUCUUCCAGAUGGAUGCUUCCUGCGUCAGCCACUGGAGAGCCAUCAUUGACCACCUGAUGACUCAUGACAAGACUACAUUUAGAGACCUGAUGACCCGGGUGGCGGUUGCUCAGAGCAGCUCCCUGAGUUUGUUCACCAACAGAGACGCUGAGCUGGAGCAGAGGGCCAUGUUGCUCAAACGUCUGGCCUUCACCAUCUACAGCAGUGAGGUGGACCAGUACCAGAAAUACCUGCCAGACAUCCAGGAGCGUCUGGUGGAGAGCCUGCGUCUGCCUCAGGUACCCAUCCUUCAUGCCCAGGUGUUCCUUUUCUUCAGAGUGCUGCUGCUACGCAUGUCACCGCAGCAUCUCACAUCGCUGUGGCCUACCAUGAUCACUGAGCUGGUCCAGGUGUUUCUACUGAUGGAGCAGGAGCUAACAGCUGAUGAGGACAUAUCAAGGACAUCAGGCCCAUCAGUGGCUGGUUUGGAGACCACCUAUUCUGGAGGGAAUGGCUUCUCCACGUCCUACAACAGCCAGCGCUGGCUCAACCUCUACCUCUCUGCUUGCAAGUUCCUGGAUCUCGCCUUGGCGCUGCCUCCUGAGAGUCUGCCUCAGUUCCAGAUGUACCGCUGGGCCUUUAUCCCUGAGGCUUCAGACGAUUCAGGGUUGGAAGUGAGACGUCAGGGGACACAUCAGAGGGAGUUCAAGCCCUACGUGGUUCGCCUGGUGAAGCUGUUAAGAAAACGGGCAAAGAAAAACCCAGAGGAGGAUUGUUCCACCAAAACCUUACCGUGGGAGCCGGGUCACCUGAUGCUGACCCUCUAUGUAAUCCGCAGCAUGGAGCAGCUGCUGCCCUUCUUCAACCUGCUCAGCCAGGUGUUUAACAGCAAGGCCAGCUGCCGAUCAGGCCCCGUCUACACCCACAAUCCCACAGAUUCCUCCUUCCCCGGCAACAAGGAGGGCCACAAACUGGAGAGCCAGAAGGUGUUCUGGAGCCGAGCUCGACAGAACAUCGAGGAGAUGGUGGAGAAAGACUUUCUGGAGGGCCUUAUCAAGACAUGAGGACCCAGCAAGGGAGGAACUGGGCAUUAACGCAUAACUGAACACUAGUGAAAAACUUUAACUUGAAUAUUCAUGAACAAUGGUAUGGGAUAUCAACGGGGAAACGUUUGUACAGUUUUUGUAUUUAUGAUUCUUGAGCUACUGUAUUUAAUUUUAAUUAUUUGUAUAUAAGGAGCCGCUUUUGACAAGUUUUAACAUUUCAUCCGAGUCCUUUAGAAGAAAAUAAAAAAAUGCUGUGCCAUUCCAUGUAAGGUGACUUAAUAAAACAGGUUUCUAAUGACAGCCAUAAAAGCUUGUCUCUGUCUUCAGAACGUUUUUAAAGCUUUUUUCAGCUGUUGCUGUUUAAAAAAAGGCUCAAUUUCUUUUGUAACUUUUUUUCUUCCAAAUCCUCUUUCCCUCUAUAUUUUGGAUUUUGUGGAUGAAGCACCUACAAGCUCAAGGUGAAGUCUGAAAGGGCACUACAUCAUACUCUGACUGGAAAACCCUUUUGUGCUGAUUAAAUUGUUGAUAUU